AAAUUUGUGAGCCUCAUGAAGCAACAAAUUCGGUAAUUUAUAAGCGAUAAGAUCGUUCUAAGAUGCCACUACCGAAGAGGCUUAUAGAACCAGUCCAUGUGACCAGAGGCACCCUGCCCGAAGAUUUGCCUCUACCGUCGGAACUCGAGGGAGUUACGAAUGGAACUUUAGCUAAUACUGUCAGGCAACUCUCUUCGUUAUCUAGGCAUGCUGAAGACUUGUUUGGAGAACUGGCAAGGGAUGCCCAACAAAUCCAUGAUAGGUCCAAUUCCUUACAAGCUAGAAUUGACAGGUUAGCUGUCAAAGUUACCCAGUUAGACAGUACAGUAGAAGAAGUUAGUCUUCAAGAUAUUCACAUGAGAAAAGCGUUUAAGAGCGCUACCGUUUUUGAUCAACAGAUUUUUUCUCGAGCCACAAUGCCUACAGCCAUGCUAGAAACGUAUAAAUCCUGCGAUAGGCCGCCCCCAUUGGACAAACUGAAUUGUUAUAGAGACGACGGAAAGGACGGCCUUAAGUUCUAUACUGAUCCGAAUUACUUCUUUGAAUUGUGGAGACAGGAGAUGCUCAAUGAUACUGAAAGAGUGAUUCACGAUAAGGGCAAAAAUAGGGCGCAUAAGGGUGGUGUUCUGGGAGGUGCAAGGCAAAGGAAAAGGGUGCGACAGCCUCACAAUACCAGGGAAGUACAUAAGCAAAGGGCAGCCGAGCAUGGAGAACACUUCAUGCCUCAAAAUUCAAUUUAUAGAACGCCUCAGCAAACGAAUCAAUAUCAGCACGAACCAGAUGGCUACGGUCAGGAUCAUCGGCCGCCCAGGCCCAAUUCUAUCGAAAUCAGACGGUCGUAUCAGCGUGAGGAAAUGCCAGACGGCAUGAAUUCUCCAUCGCUUCUUUACGUAAAUAAUACUCAAAUCAUAAAUAAUUAUGACGACCAAAAUGCUUACCAACAUGGAAUAUAUGGUAUCGGCCAAGGACCCAUGAG